GCGUGAAUAGUAUUUUAACCGGGAGUGCAGGUGACGUAGGUCGAUUAUUAAUGCCUUCAGGUUCAGACAGGUGAAUCUAUCGACCGCGGACGUUCUUGACUCGAUUACACCGCACUCCACGUACAAGUUUGUUUUAAAAUGGCGGCGGAAGCGACGAAACAGGUAUAAUUUUUUUUUCUAAGAAUAAAAUAAAAAAAACGUCCCCGCGUAAAAGGCUUAAAUGUGCCAUUUGUACACGUCAUAAAGUAGCAGGAACCGCUGUCGUCUCCCGUUUUGAUGCUAGCGAAGAAAUUAAACUACAAAAGUUGUUCACGUUUGUUUCCAGUUGAGGAAGCGCUGUUGAGAGAAUGACUUUAUGCCACAGCGGAUGACCUCCCUCCGGAGCCGUUUGUGUGGAGGAGCCAUGGGGGCGACGGUGGAGCCGCAGUAGCCGCAGCGUCAUCAUGGAUCUCCCCAAGCGGACGCUACCUGGCAUCCACCUGUAGCGUCCAGCGGCUGCGGCAUGGCGAACCCGAGCCUCGGCCCACAGAACCAGAUGGACGGCCGCACUGGGGUGUCUGCUGGAGUCGUUGUGAAGAACGGAUCUCUGGGCAAUGAAUCGAGCGCCUCCAACUCGUACGACAAACCCAGCUGUGCUUUAGCCAGCGAGCUGGUCCUGCCCCGCUACAAGCCAUCCUGCUCCUCCACUCCCAUCUACUACAGCAGUCCCCAGAAAAACUGCUCCGACGUGGACCCGGACCGCCACAGCUUGACCUCUCAGGACUCGGGGAUCCCCACUCUGGAGAUCAACCCUCCGGACCACGGCCACCAUCACCCGGGAGACGCCUCUGAAGACUGCCCCGCCACUUUACCUCUGGACCCGGCCGACAGCAAUGGCAUGCACAGGUCCUCCACCUUCCCCCGCAGUGGCUACGACUCUGUCCGACACUUCAGCCCCACCGCCAGGCUGACGGCCGCGUCGGGGCUGAUCGUCGGGGGCGGAGCCCUGAACCGCAGCGACGACAUCUCGGUGUGCAGCGUGUCGAGCAUGAGCACCGAGCUGUCCGUCUCCAACGAGGACAUCCUGGACUUCACCGUCACUUCGGACUCCAGCGCCAUCGUGACCUUGGAAACGGAUCUCAGCGGCUCGGCCCACUUCUCGGACGUGGCGCUGUCGCCGCCGCCGGGAGAAUUCCGGAGAACCGGGCGGGGGCGUCCGGGCGCGGGCGGCGUGCAGCUGGACGACGGAAAGCUCAAGAAACUGGGAGCUCUUUCAAAUUUGUUCAACAGGAACCUGUUUGCCAAGAAAGUGACGGACGGUCCCACGGAGCAGAACAAUCCGGGUUGGAAGCUCUUUGGGAAGAUCCCGCCCCGGGAAGGCCCCCUAAAGGACCCCAAGAAAAUCCAAAAGGAAUAUGAAACAAAGAGUGGCAAAGCUGGACCUGGCAACCCAACAUCCCCCAGGCAGGGAGUGAGGAAGAACCUGGACUUUGAGCCCCUCUCCACCACCGCGCUCAUCCUGGAGGACAGACCUGCUAAUCUGCCCGCCAAACCUGCAGAGGAGGCCCAGAAACACCGGCAGCAGUAUGAGGAGAUGGUGGCCCAGGCCAAGAAGAGAGAGCUGAAGGAAGCUCAGAAAAGGAAGAAGCAGCUGGAGGAUCGCUGUAAGCUGGAGGAGAGCAUCGGCACGGCGGCCCAGAUCUGGAACCAGGAGAUCCUACCCAACUGGAGCACAUUGUGUACCUCCCGGCGAGUGAGAGACCUCUGGUGGCAAGGCAUCCCUCCAAGUGUCAGGGGGAAAGUGUGGAGCCUGGCUGUGGGCAACGAGCUGAACAUCACACAUGAGCUGUAUAACAUUUGUCUGGCCCGGGCGAAGGAGAAGUGGAGGAGCACAGCAGUUCCCACCACCGACACCGAAGACGUUUUAGAUUCUUCGGACCGUGAGUCGAGCCUGGAGCUCAUCAAGCUGGACAUCUCUAGAACUUUCCCCCAACUCUGCAUCUUCCAGCAGGGCGGACCUUACUAUGACGUGCUGCACAGCAUUCUGGGAGCGUACACGUGCUACCGGCCAGACGUCGGCUAUGUGCAGGGGAUGUCGUUCAUCGCCGCCGUGCUCAUCCUCAACCUGGACACGGCCGACGCCUUCAUAGCUUUCGCCAACCUGCUCAACAAGCCCUGUCAGAUGGCCUUCUUCAGAGUCGACCACAGCCUUAUGUUGACGUACUUUGCAGCGUUUGAAGUGUUCUUUGAAGAAAAUCUACCAAAGCUCUUUGCACAUUUCAAGAAAAACAGCUUGACUCCUGAUAUUUAUUUAAUUGACUGGAUCUUCACACUGUAUAGUAAGUCUUUGCCACUGGACCUGGCGUGCCGGGUGUGGGACGUGUUCUGCAGGGACGGCGAGGAGUUCCUGUUCCGCACGGCGCUGGGUGUGCUGCGCCUCUACCAGGACGUCCUGACCUCCAUGGACUUCAUCCACAUGGCUCAGUUCCUCACCCGCCUGCCUGACCUCAUCCCCCCUGAGCAGCUCUUCCAGCACAUCGCAGCCGUUCACAUGACCAGCCGCAACAGGAAGUGGGCUCAGGUCCUGCAGACGCUGACGGAGCAGAAGAGAUCUGGAGCGAGGCUGUCCGGAGCCGAGGCGCUGAGCUGAGGUCAGAGGGAAGGUCACACACUAAUCCACUCAGAUCCCCUCCAGCUUUCAGGGCAUCCUGCACCUGAAAGCAGAGACACCCUCCCCUCUCCCGCCUCCCAUCAGCUUGUGGGGGGAGUGAACUACUGUAGCUGCUGAGACGGGGCUGUCCUUCGUGUCGCCGCUCAGACCCUAAACCAGCAUCCACCAGGAGGGUCUGCCGGUCAGGGAGCUCCGGGAGGUGAAAGGAAUACGAGGCCUUAUUUUCCUGUUUUACUCCCCAACACCCACCACGAAGCCCAGCAGUGAACUGGAAACUGUAGCUGGGAAACGGUGAAGAUUGUAUCGCACUCCCACUGUCAUCAACACCAGGCUGACUCAGAUCUCCUCAGGCGGAGGGAGGAAACCACUGAAGUUACUCCACCAGUCCCUCCACCCGGCGCCGGGUCCUCUGCUGUCGGCUACCUGAACCACGUUCCACUCGUCUCUUUCUUCCUCUGGUUACCGUGACAAGAAUCACAAUCCCCCCCCCCCCCCCUUUUUUUUUUUUUUCCUGGAUGUGUACCAGUCAGGGAACAUCACUCUCAUUUUUAAUUUCCACCUUUUUCUUUCAAAAUGACUAUGCUAGCUUAAAAUGUGGCCAGUGGAUUCUGUUUGCACAGUUCUCAUUCCCUCAUGGUGUGUUUGCGUGUGUUUUUAUUUAAUUAGUCAGGCUUGUUUUCUGAAUCAUUCCAUUCUGUCGCGUUAAAAUCCACAAAGCUGCAACUCCAUCACAUGCUUGACUCUGCAGCUUCUAUCCAACAUGUAAGCAAUGAAAACUCUUCAUUGAGGUUGAAUAAGCUGCCUGGAAAAUAAUUUUUAUUUUCCCAAGUGCAUCAAUGAAACUGGGUUAACUUUAAAAAAAAAAAAAAAGUGGAAAACUUGGUCUAGACACUGCAGAUGUUGAUUUCUUUUUCUUGCUUUUAAUGUGUUUGUGGUACAUUUCAGCUUUGUAGUGUCCUGGUGUGCGAAGUCUUUUUGUGGGGUUAUUUAAUAUUUAUCGAAAAUGUGACAAGGCAUAAAAUUGAAAUGAAGGAUGCGGGGAAGUUCCUCCUCAGCUAGUGAGAGGUGUGUGAACAUGUUGCAUCAGACAAACCGACACGUGUAACUGUGUUUUACUGUCGAGUCGGGACCGGUUUACUUGAUUUACUAAGAAACAUUUUAUCGUUUUUUGUCUUUGUUAAAAUUUGUCCAGAUGAUAGCUGUGAUAGUAAAACAAACUCCGGAUUCUCAAGCAAGAUCUGCAGUUUAGAAUGUGCAAGUUCUGAAGUUCUGCCUCGCUGAUACUGUAAAUCCAAGAAGGAGCCGUCAGGGGCUGAUGGUGACAGUUUAAGAGCUUUAAUAUAAAGUGUAAUUCAUGUCUGAAGCUGCAACAUGUCAUUGAUUUUUAAACAUGAAUUAAUGAAGUUUCCCAACAACCUAUUUUUCUUAUACUUUCCUUUAGCACUUUCUUCCAUGAGGCAGCCAUAUUGGAUCUUGAAGUUGCAGCUGGGGAGGCUCCUCCCACUUUUGGAACAGGCUCCAAUAUAUUUUGAAGAACACAUGUAGACAUAGGCUACUGUAAGCUUCUUACAGUAUGUAUGUAAAAACGAGAAAUGUUAAGAUUCAAUAAUUAUUCCUGCUGUAAAAUAACAUGACAGAUUAUUGCAGUCAGGGCCGGAUUUAGAAGUACAGGGAGGCUUGAGCCAGGGAUUCGAGCCAGGUUUGGUGCCAUAGCAAAAAAAAAUUGAACUCAUGCAAAUUACAGAUCAUAAUAGGUCCUGUUAUACGUCUGUAGAUGACUCCAUUUUGGUCCCAAAAUUAUUUAUUUCAAAUAUUCAAGAAGUUUAAAUUAAUAGGAAAAAAGCACACUACAUGGAAAAUUAGUCCACGACUUUAAUAUGAGAUAUAAUGUUUGUGAAAGAUGCAAAGUACCCACAAAAAAGUGUUGUUUUUUGUUGUUGUUUGUUUUGUGCGCCCACACAACUCGGAGCCCUGGGCUAAUGCCCAUGUCGGCGCUUUCUAAAGUCUGGCUCGGAUUGCAGUUACAAUUUGUCUUUAAAAGUGAGGGAAAGUUGUAGCUAACUUCUUCCAGCUCCUAACUGGAACUUUAUUAAAUUAGACUCUUUUUUUUUUUUUUUUUUUUUUAAGUGUGAAUUAAGAAGCUGUGAAUUCUUGACUUGAUACCAGAAACUUCCCCCCACCUAAACACACACUACACGACUGCUCCUGGUUUAAACUCUGCUGCUCCAAAGCGCAGCAGGUUGCAUUCAAAGUACGACUGGCUGCAAAUGUUGGGGAUCGGAUGUUUUCUCUGCUUCAGUCAGAUUCUGUGGCCUUCACAGUGGAUUCACACGGUGGUAAACGUGUCAUCCCAUCAUAACCAGGCGACGCCUGCAUUGACAUUGCUGUCAUCUGUAACGUUAAAGUAACAGCUUAAGGAUCCACAUAAAACAACUAAACAUGUAGUUCUUGAAACUUUUCUCGAUUUUUAAAGAAACAAAUUUUAAGCCCCAUUUUUAAUCUGAUCAGAUUAAAAGGUUGAAAGCAUAGAAAUCUGAUUGGAUCUGAAGGUCAACUGUGGAUAAAAUUAGUGUGUCCUCUUGCUUGUUUUGCUGCUGAUUUUUUAUUAUUAUUAUUUUUUAUGAGAGGCCACUUUCGUUUUCUGUGAAAAUCUCCUCUCCCUGGGACCACGCUCUCUAAGUACACCGAAGUCUUGAGAUGACUUGAAACCAAAAAUCGGUUCUGACUUGUCUGAUUCUUCUCACACACGUUUCGACCGUCUCUAGACGGUUUUCUGUUUCUUUUCUGCUUUCACAUCAUCAUCUUUCUGCACCUCACCACCCCUCCACCCAACAUUCAACUCCUCCACUGUGUGGUUUUUUUUUUUUUUUUUCUAAAAGCCACACAGGACUGCAAUAAAGCUUUUUGCACAAACAUGUCAGCCUUUGCAUUGAGUUGUGCCUCGCAUCAUCACUUCAUGUCAUCGGUCACGGUUAAACGGGUUUCCGUCUUUUUGUUUUCGUGUCGUUCGCACUGUCGUUGCCGACCUUUUCUCCGUAAUGUGUGCUUGGUGGUGAGAAGGUAAUUGCACAAAGAUGUUGCUUCCCAACAUGUUACAUUAAAGGUGAAACCUGGUGUUAUCUAUCAACACUACCUGUCCUUUCUUUAAUCCACAGCACUUAAAACACACACACAAAAAAAAAUACUCAAUCAGAAGUGUCAUUUUCUUUGGCUCAGUAAUCAGGUUGAUUUGUUGGUUUUAUUUUAUAUUGUCACCUUUGUUUUUUUUUCUCGAGACCCGUGUGCUGUUGAGGACUGAGGGUCGUCAUGCAACUGUAUCUCACUUGAAAAUGUACAUAAAUGAUGGUUUUAUCAUAAUAAAAAGCUCUACAUAC